AUGAAAGGAAGAAGGCAACACCCAAGCCGAAUCCCCAAAAGGGAAGAAAGAAGGACAUGCCAGCACAACUCGCUUUGGAGCCCCGUCCGCUGCCGCCGGCCCCUGCGUCCAUGGACACGGCCUGGACAGAAGUUGUUAGCAGGAAGAAGAAAGCGAAGACCGGUGCACCAAAACCACCGCGGCAAGCAUCGAAGCGCCCCGAAACUCCGGCCGCCGAAGUCAGCUGCAGUAGUCAUAUCGCUGACACCGGCGGCCGUCGAGAAGGGGCUGACAUACGCUGAAGUACUGACAGACGCUCAGCGGCGAGUGGACCUCUCUGGCCUACAAAUUGAUAGGCUCAGGCCGAAGUAUGCAGCCACGGGCGCCAUGCUCUACGAGGUGCCCGGGGCUGAUUCUGAGCAGAAGGCUGAUUCCUUCGCCGCAAGGCUCAGGGAGUGCUUUGGGGACUCGGACGUAGUUGUAACCCGGCCCACCAAGUGCUCCGAAUUGCGAAUUUCAGGACUAGAUUUCGCGGCCACCUCCGAGUCAGUAAAGGCGGCCUUAUGCAGUGCCGGCGGGUGUGCUGCAGAGGCGGUCAAGGUGGGGGAAGUCCGACCCGAUAGAUCUGGGAUGGGCGCCGUUUGGGCCAAGGUGCCCACCAAAGCAGCCCAAUAA